AUGUUAUAUAAUGAAAUACUCAUUUGUUGUACAAUAAUAUGUAUUACACUCAAUGCAGCAUUUUCCCUGAAACACCAUCAAUUCACGGAUGUGAAAAAUUGCGAUGUUUGCAAGGGAAAUGAAUGUAGGCUUUGCGUUUAUAGCCCAAAUUCCCCCAAAGCUGAGGAGGGCGAUUUAUCGAUAUUUUUAGACGAAAACCAUAAAAAUGUUAAGAAAGGAUCUUACUAUUCUGCAAUUAGAGGCAAAGGAAUCGGUGGAAGCUUGGGGAGUCUGUACAGUAACAAUAGUUAUGAAAUGAUAACCAUAAAUCACAUAAGGAAUAGCCAAUAUACUGGAGAGGUGGAAAUUGGAAAUCCUAGGCAAAAAAUAUAUCCGAUAUUCGACACAGGGAGCACAAAUUUAUGGACAGUAGGCUCCGAUUGUUCUAGCGAAUAUUGUCAAAAUGUUCAUGUUUUCGAUCCGGAAGCAUCAAAAACAUUUUCAAAAAUGAAAAAUACUAACGAUAUAUAUAUAAAGUUUGGCACUGGUGAAGUUGAGGGAUAUGCCGGAAAGGAUACUGUCAAAAUUGGCAAUCUAAUCGCCCAUAACCAAUCAUUUGGUAUUAUUGUAAAGGAAUCUGCAGAAUCUCCUAUUAACAAUCCUUUUAAGGCUAUACAGUUUGAAGGCAUUGUUGGACUUGGAUUUCCAGAUAUGUCAAGCAUUCCAGGAACACCAAUAUUUGACAAUUUAGCACACCAGAAUCUGAUAUCUACAGAAUUCUCCUUUUAUUUUUCAAAAGAUUCCUACAAAAACUCAUAUUUAUUUAUUGGAGGAAUAGAUGAACAAUAUUACAAAGGUCCAGUACACAUGUUUCCCGUCGCCCGUGAACAUUACUGGGAAGUUAAGCUGGAUGCGUUAUAUAUUGAUGAUAUUAAGUUUUGCUGUGAUGAACCAAGUUAUAUAAUCUUUGACUCUGGUACAUCAUUUAAUACAUUACCAAGUCAUGAAAUUAAAAAGUUCUUCAAACGAUUUCCUGAAGUGAAUUGUGAAGAUAUAGAUAAUUGGCCAGUGAUAACAUAUGUAAUCCAUGGAAUAAGAAUUAAACUUACACCCCAUCAAUAUGUUUUGAAAACUGGAGUCAAAUGUAGACCAGCAUAUAUGCAAUUGGAUGUGCCAAGCGAAUUUGGUCAUGCAUAUAUUUUGGGAACAUAUUCUUUUAUGCGCCAUUAUGUAACAAUUUACAAGCGAUCAAUGCAACAUGGACAGCCGUCCUUGGUUGGUGUUGCUAAGGCUAAUCAUAAUGAGGAGUUUUGA